UCGGUGGUGGCAACAAAAACAGAAAAAACAUCAACAAAAUCACGUUAGGCCAUUUACCGAAGAAUCUGUGAGUUGCUUUUGAUAGUUUCGAAUGUUCCACCGAUAACGACCAACCGGUGGAAUGGCUGCAGACGACAGUGACUCAAUCACCCUAUUGAAACAAGGUGCUGAAGGCAAACUGUACCUCGGUCAGUACAACGGAGCUCGCUGCCUGGUGAAGGAACGAUUCUCCAAAAAGUAUCGCCAUCCGGAUUUGGACGUCCAGCUGACCAGGCAGCGAAUCAAGGCCGAGCAGAAAGCUUUCGAACGAUGUAAAGUGGCCGGAGUGGACACCCCCAAGCUGAUGGGGGUUGAUUUGACUGGUAGGAAAAUUUACAUGGAAUAUUUGGAGCGCGCGAAGACGGCGAAGCAACUGGUGGAUGUGGCCGUGCUGGAAGGGGACAAUACGAAGGUUGAGCAACUGGCGAAGGAAAUGGGUCGAGUGGUAGGACUGUUGCAUGGUCACAAUAUCAUCCACGGGGAUUUAACCACCUCCAAUAUUCUGCUGGAUCCGGAUGUAAAAGAGGACUCCAAACUGCCCUAUAGACUGGUCAUGAUUGAUUUCGGAUUGUCGUUCUAUUCGUUGAAUGUGGAAGACAUGGGAGUGGAUUUGUACGUCCUCGAGCGGGCACUUUUGAGUGCUCACAGUGAAGUGCCGAAUUUCUUCAGCUGGGUGCUUGAGAGCUACAGGGAACACAAUAAGUUCAAGGUACCGGAAACCAUUGCCAAGUAUGAAGAGGUACGUGCGCGCGGUCGGAAAAGGACCAUGAUCGGGUAACGAUGUUAUGUAUUUGAAUUCGAAGUUAAUUUAAAAAGGAUCACUCGAAAUAUCCAA